UAUAACUUGCCGACCGUUCGUAGUGACGUACACGCCCGAAAUUUCAUCUCGCUUGAUGCAGAGGGAGCGUCUUGGAUUGUGUAUAUCAACUUAGCUGGAUUAUUCUGUCCAAACAACCCGCCUUUUCGCUUUCUAAACCCUCGCAUCUACAAGCCAGGUCGAGUUUACUCGGUGUUAAGCAAUAUGAGAGAGUAUAAACUCGUUGUCCUUGGCUCUGGUGGCGUCGGAAAAAGUGCUCUGACUGUGCAAUUCGUACAAGGAAUCUUCGUCGAAAAAUAUGAUCCAACUAUCGAGGACUCAUACAGAAAGCAAGUCGAAGUUGAUGGCCAGCAGUGUAUGUUAGAAAUCCUGGACACAGCAGGAACGGAACAAUUCACAGCAAUGAGGGAUCUGUAUAUGAAGAAUGGGCAAGGAUUUGUUCUGGUCUACUCUAUAACAGCACAGUCUACUUUCAACGACCUACAAGAUCUACGAGAGCAAAUUCUUCGUGUCAAAGAUACAGAUGAUGUGCCAAUGGUACUUGUUGGAAAUAAAUGUGAUUUAGAAGAUGAGAGAGUAGUGGGAAAGGACCAGGGACAAAACUUGGCAAAACAAUUUGCCAACUGCACAUUCCUUGAGACUUCAGCUAAAGCCAAAAUAAAUGUAAAUGAAAUAUUUUAUGAUCUGGUAAGACAGAUAAACAGAAAAACGCCAGAAACAAAGUCGAGGAAGAAAAAGAGAGGCUGUGUACUGCUAUGAGCAACAUUGUCAACUUGCGAGACCACCACGACACAACCAAUCCGACCUAUAUAGUAAUUUAUUAUAGAGACACAUCUCCCAAAAUGCAAAAUAUAUUUUGUUAGCUUGUGUAUCUAUUCUAUAUAUGGUGUUGUCCGGAUGCCACCAUAGAACAGGCCAACAGCCAGGAUCUUAACUGGGUGUCUUAUUCACCCAAUAAGUGGACCAAUUUUUGCUAUGUAUCAUCAGCUCUGUGUCACAAAUGCUGUUUUAUUAUAGCAGACCUUUAAGUUGAGCCUUCUGGUUUAACACCCUUGGCUACGGGCCUGCAUGUAUUACCCUAGAAAUCUGACAAUGUACAGGGGAUGAAUAUCCAACACAAUUUCCACACUUUGUAUAGUUCUGAGAGUGAGAUUUUUUUUGCUUUACACAAGUUAAUCUAGUUCUAUUAGCACUUAAACUUUGAUGUUUUGCGCAGAGAUGACCAUAGAUGGGGUUUGAAAAUUAAUCCAAAUAAUGAGAAUAUUUUUAACAUAAGGCCGUUGUGGGCUGUAGUUUUUAGGUAUGGAAUGCAAGUACUUUAGCACCCAAGUCUAAAAGAUUUGGAGAUUUUUCUUAUUGUCUGUAGCAAGAGAUAAAGAACAGAAGGAGGACUGUAGGAUGUAAUAAGCUUGUAAAGCUACCUGACCAAUUCCCAGCUUCUGUUAUCCCACUACAUAGUGCCCAGCCAAGGGCGCCAAGCAAUGGUUGGGAAUAGAGCUUUUGUCCCUACACCUCUUUCCCUUCUUUUGCUCUUGUUUGAAAGCAGGAUCCAACUAUGUCUACCUCAACAGCAUUUUUCAGCCUCGUCACUGUCAUUGUUUUCGAAAUUGGUAGACAAAGUAAUUGAAGAAAUUUCAAAAUAAUCGUAUCAAUCAUGUCAAAGGUGAAACCACAAGCACAUGAAGCUCAGAACUAACUGACAAAUAUCUCAAUUUUAUCUAGUUUGAAGCACUUGCGAUUUGCAGUUUCUGACUUAUUUGUGUGGAUCUGACUUCCAUUAAAACUAGUUUGAAUCACCCAAUUAAUAUAUACUAGCUUCUAAUGCAUGGACUAUCCUGAUCGACUAAUCAUUUCUCUUAUUUAAGAAUCUCAGUCACUAUAAAAUAUCAAGUAAAUAAACUCCAAUUAUAACAAGUUUUUUUUUUCUCACACUUGCUUAUGGCUUUUAUAGUGAUUGAAUUCAGAUGCAAUUUAUUUUAGUAAAGUACCAGUCUUGACUAAGAUACUGUAUGUGUAGAUGAUAUUAAGUGCUGAAAAUUAACCAAACACAAGAUUCUUGGCUUGAUGUUUGUGGAAUAUUUAUCAACUGAUUUUAAGGCAUUCCAGUUAUUACUGUAUGAAUUGUUUUAUAGCAAAAUGGUAACGAAAUAUAAAUAUAAAUGCUA